AUGGCCGAGGAAUUAUUGGGGACGUUUAAUAUGCGAUUGGUGUCAACUCCAUUUGGCAUCAACGGGCUGGAGCGUUACACGGGUCCUUUGAAUCUGAAAAAAACAAAGUUGAUUCAGCCUUUGAAUUUGGAUAAACCUGUGAUUGCCGCGGGCACUCGCGGAGUACAGAAUUUGGCUGGAAAGGGAAGACAGUAUGCCUCCGAUAAUGAAAAGCCUCUUGUUAUGAUUUCUUUGCAUCACAAGGGGAAACUGCUUGUUUGGGACGCCGACACAGUGCAGCCGCUGGCUAUCUGUAGUCACCAUGACUGCUCUGUUGUUCAGUGCGUUGUCACGGCAACUUAUCUAUAUGCGAGGGUGGAGAAAGAGGGAGACAACACGGAUGUAGAAACAAUGGUGUACGUUUGGGAUGCUAAAACGUUUGAACUUUUUCGUCGGCUUUCAUCUCACGAUGGACGUGUAACAUCUAUUGCAGUAAGUGACGAGGAUGAUGCAAAGGUGGCAACUGCCAGUGUAGAUCAGUUCGUGCAUGUUUGGGAUCUUAAAAAAACUCUCACGGGACCAAUUCAAAAAUUGGCGACGAACGGUAUGGCUGUGGUAUCUCUGUACUUCCAUGGGAUGAUCCUGGGGAGUUCAUCGCACACCUCACUAAUUCUGUGGAGGGCAGAAACAGGAGAGUCGUUGCUGAAGCACAAAGU